AUGGCACCUGAUCUUGCUCAAGGGGGGUGUAGUACUUUAGAGGAUGGGGUGGUUUUAGCAAGGUGCUUGGGUGAGGCUUUGUCCAAGAAUCCAAAAGAAGGAGAAGAAGAAUAUAAAAUAAUUGGGGAAUGUUUGAAGAAAUAUGCAAAGGAGAGAAGAUGGAGAUGCAUUGAUCUCAUUACUAGAUCUUAUAUUGUGGGUUCGAUUCAACAAAGUGGUUCAAAAUUGGUUAAUUUCUUUAGGGAUAAAAUUUUGGCUACAUUCUUAGCUGAUGAGUUAUUGAAGAAGUCAGAUUUUGAUUGUGGACAACUAAAAUAG